AUGAACGCGCUGUUAAACAAACUCUACCAUGACCCAAAAACCGGCUUUAUCGGAGCUCAAGCUCUAUAUCAAAAGGCACAACGUUUAGACCCUAAGAUAACGUUCAAAGUCGUUAAGGAUUGGUAUGCGAGUCAGACUGAUAUUCAGCGAUAUCAGGACCAAAAGAAGAGAUUCAAUGGCUUCAAAAUAGCAUCGUAUAAUCCCAACUCUUGGCAGAUGGAUCUUGCGUUUUGGGAGAAGCGACCAAUUUUGACUGCUAUAAAUAUCAACUCGAGGUUGGGCUUUGCAAAAGUCUUAUCGAACAAGACAGCAGCAACUGUGCUAGCAGCACUUAAAGCGUUUGUUCGGCUGCAUAAAGUGGAUAUCAUUACAAGCGAUAAUGGUAGCGAGUUCAUGAACUCACAAGCUCAAGAAUUCUUUCAAUCCAAUAAAAUUGAGCAUUACAACAAUGAGCCCGGUGACCACGGAACAAUGGGUAAAAUCGAAAGAUUUAACAGAACGUUGAAGCAGAGACUAACUAAAAUGCCUCCAAAGAUGAUUACCCAAAAGCUUAUCACCGAUGUUAUCGAAAACUAUAACACCACAUUUCAUCGCUCGAUUAAAAUGACUCCAAACGAGGCCAAAGGCAAGGUAAUGGAUGCGGAUCUGAGUCAUAAUCAGGCAGAAGCCGAUAGAAUUGAGAAGGAGUUUGAGGUCGGAGAAAAUGUGCUAUAUCGACUCAAGAAGCAGACAUUUGAUAAAGAAUCUGCUAGAUGGAGCAAAGCAGUUUAUUCAAUCGUUGGAAUCGAUGGAUAUCGAGUACAAAUCCGUUCAAAAAAUGGUCAUACACUCUACAAGGCACCAAACGAUCUUAAAAUGGUUACAAAAGAAACUACAGAUGCUACUAUCAAUCGAGGUGAUAUUCUUGAGGCUGAGAAGAUCUUAAAUCACAAGAAAAUACGCUCUGGAAGACCCAUCGUGGGGGUAAAGCCCGCACCAAAAUACAAAUAUCUGGUGAGAUGGCUUGGUAACGAGCCUGAUUCCUGGGAACCAUUCUUAAACCUCCGAUUGGUCAACAAAAAUCGACAAUCAACCCUCGAGAAGGAGUACUGGGCAACAGCAAAAAAAUGA